CCACUGCACUGACACGUUGUACCAAUGCACUCGUCGCUAUACCACUACACUGGUAGCGAUAUCAGUGCACUGGUACCAAUGUCAUAUCUGAGUAUAAGUGCACUGGUACAAAUAUUGGUAGAACAUAUCAAUGCAGUGGUAUAUUUUUGCAUGUGACCAGAAGAGUCUGUCGGCGGGAUUUUACCGGUAAAGUGUGGUGGUCGGAGGCUGCUGGGAAAGGAAGAAUCAGAGAUAGGAGUGAGAAAGAUCAAAGACGAGAGAGAGAAUUGUAUUUUCUAUAUGUUUAGAUUUUUUUUUAAACAAGUAAUUAAUGUGGUGUAUUUAAUGCUUACUUUGUAUUUAAUAACAGAACAUUUAUUAUCUCUACCUUCAUUAAUAAUUGUCAAUAAUUAAUGAAAAAAUUGACAAAUUGAGAAAGGGGUGUCAAAAAAACAACCCCUUUAAAAGUAGGCAUAGUAUCUUACCCCUUGCUCUCGCAUUUGAUCUUCAAUACCUGAUUCAGAUAGAAUCCAGAUAGCUUGGGAUUCAGUAAGUAGGGUUUUUAGAAAGUUACUCUCACAUGCUCAUCUGUAUAGGCAAGAUACAAUUCUUCAAAACAUUCAUCUUAUCAUUAGACCUUACUAAUACGAGCUUUAAUAUGGUUUCACAACAUUUGAGAAAUACAUCAAUUUUAAAAAAUAAAGUCGUGAUUAUAAUCUCAUAAUCUUAUCAUUCUUGUUUGUUUUCCAUACAUAACUUUGUUGAAUUUCAGUAUAUCAAACCUUGAAUCGUACUCAUUAACAUUAACAUUAAAACUCAGAGCGUUAUCCAAUGCCAAAACAAUACACCUAAUAAAUUCUUCCCUUUUGAAUUAUGAUGUGUAUGUAAAUUGUAUUUUUCGCUAAUGAUUUAGUUUAAUCCAAUCUAGCUUGAAAUUGUCUCCCAAUUAAUUAUAACUUUUAAUCCUUUGCUUAUCCACCUGGUGAGAUAAGUAACCGGUAUUUGUGACAAGGUAGAUUUUGCCUCAAGGGUAGUUGCAUGUGCUCAUAUGAUAGGAAAGUAAUUGAAAUAAGUUUCAACGAUCUAUCAGGUGAUAGUUUAAUUUUAUUUGCUUUCACAAAUUUAUGAGUAAUUAAGCAUGCUCUUUCGAAGAAUGCUAAUGUUUGUUUUUUUUUGUGGCAACUCAAUAUUCGUCAUUCGGCACACUCCAUCGAAAGAAACUCCACUUAUUGGCGGGACUAUCUUGGAGAUGUUGGGUAAUUUUCUUUAUUUGUUUUCCGUUAGUGUCGUGUCUUUGCUCAUCGGAGCUACUUCAGAGCUGCCCAAGUAGUGGCUUUUCAAACUCUUUCAUCGGUAAUCUGAUUGCACAUGGACUAACAUGUAGAAUUUGAGUUGGUCUUAUAAUCGUGUCGAGUAUUUGUCCCAUACCCUUUAGCCUUGCCUAAAAAAAUCUGGUUAAGUGGUUAUCUACUUAUACAAACCGCGAAAUACACCAAUCACCAGAGCAAAGCCCAAAUCAGGGCCCUACCCAACUCCACUCGCUCAGCCGCGAGAACUCCGACGUCAACCCAAUCAAAGCUCCCGGGCAAAUCCUCGGCGCAAAAACCUCCGGGCGACAGGCAGCCAUGAAUGCGAUCUUCAAUCUCCACAGAGAAACAAAUAGAUCAUGGCCGAAGCGAAAACCCACAACCCAAUCUCUUCUCAGAUCUGCCAUAUUCAUCCUUGCGAUCUCUCUUCUCACUCUCUUCCUCUUCAUAUUCCUCUCAAUUUCUACCUCCAAAUCUCUCUUCUCAACGCAGACCCUUAGUACCCAGAACCCUCAAUGCGGACAAAUCCGAGCUUCAUCCCGUGUGGGAGAGAAGUUUCUCUGGUACGCGCCCCACAGUGGGUUCAGCAACCAGCUGUCGGAGCUCAAGAACGCGGCGUUAAUGGCGGGGAUUCUGAAUCGGACUCUGGUCGUCCCUCCAAUCCUCGAUCACCACGCUGUUGCCCUCGGAAGCUGCCCGAAAUUCCGGGUUACGGCGCCUAACGAGAUUCGAGCUUCGGUUUGGAAUCACGCCGUUGAAUUGAUGAAAAGCGGAAGGUAUGUAUCGAUGGCUGACAUUAUUGAUAUCUCCCCACUAGAGUCUGCUUCGCUUCGUGUGAUCGAUUUCAGGGACUUUGCAGCCUCAUUCUGUGGUGUAAAUAUGGAUUCCACUUGUGUAAAUGAUCUGAAACCAGGGUCUUCUUCAUUGUUUGAUAGCCUUAUCGAGUGUGGGCAUGUGCUAUCUGGGGUUCAAGGUAACCUUGGUGGGUGUUUAUAUGCAGUAGAGGAAGACUGCAGAACCACGGUAUGGACUUAUGAAAAUGGUGAUGAUGGAAAGUUAGAUUCAUUUCAACCCGAUGAACAGCUCAAGAGGAAGAAGAAGAUUUCGUAUGUAAGGAAACGUCGAGAUUUGCGUAAGACCCUUGGACCGGGAUCUGAAGCUGACUCGGCCACUGUUCUUGCAUUCGGAUCCCUUUUCUCCGCUCCAUACAAAGGCUCAGAGUCCUAUAUUGAUAUUCAGAAAGUAAAGAACGGAGAUUUCAUGCCGUUUGUCCCUGAAAUAUUGAAUGCAGGGAAGAAGUUUGCAUUGGAGAGGAUAAGAGACCCUUUUGUUUGUGCGCAGCUGAGAUUGUUAGAUGGACAGUUUAAGAACCAUUGGAAGGCUACAUUUAAAGUUCUAAGACAAAAGCUUGAAUCUUUGAACCAGGGGAAUGGCCGGCCAGUGAACAUUUUUGUGAUGACCGAUCUUCCUCAGGGUAACUGGAGCGGAACUUAUCUGGGUGAGCUAGCUAGCAAUGAGAAUCGGUUUAAGUUGCAUUUUCUUAGGGAAGAAGAUAGAUUGGUUGCUGAAACAGCAAGACAGGUAGGAAAGAGAGGCAGCAGAGGGAAUGUGCAUUGCCCUCGUCAGAAACCACCGGAUGUUCUCUUGUACAUAGAAGAAAGCGUCUGUAGUUGUGCAUCCCUCGGUUUUGUUGGGACAGCUGGAUCGACGAUUGCAGAGAGCGUAGAGCUAAUGCGGAGGUCAGAUGUUUAUUCCAUUCUUAAUCGGACUGCAAGAUGACACUCAGGUGCUGGGAUACGAACGGAGUUGGGUUUGCCUCCAAUGUACAAGCAACUACUUGCGAGUCAGAACUGCUGCUGUUGUAAAAUGCCGCGAAGUGUACCUAAAGUUGGAGGUUGAUAUGGUUCAUGCAGCUACUGUUUACUGAUGCUUCAAUAUCUACCAGAUGAAGGAAGGAACUGAUCUGGUAACAAAUGGCAAUUCUCAAGGUGUCUCCUUCUCAUGGUGCAAAGAAAUGUAAGCUUUGAACUUAUAACCAUAGAGCUUUUACUAACCAAAAGGUUACUUGAACGUUCACUCACCAAGUUGCUGAAUGAUUAUUUUUGUCCAUUCCCUCCAUUGAUCCACCUCUGCUGUCUUUCUUUCAACCUUUUUUCUUGUUGCUCGAGUACUUACUGGUUAUGGGCUCUAGUCCCUUUCAGCUUGGCCAGUGUGAACCAUGGAAGGAGACGACUCAGGAUGGAGAUGGGUGUGUGGAUGGGUCAUUGAUUUUCAUUGAUGUUAAGUCUGCGAAGUGGUUGGUUGUUGCUUUGUUUGCGUGAUUGAAUGAGCCUAGGUGAAAGUUAUAUCAUCUUCAUCACUGAGUCAUAUUUUUAGUUGCAGGUUAUCAGGCGUAAGUUCCCCAUUAAGUACCAUGGCCAAAUUUGGAGUGUGAAAUAAUGAUAAGAAAAAGAAAGCGCCAGCCACGUUUCGCAUGUUUUGCCGUGCUCGUUUCCUUCAAUCGUUCCUCUUCGUCUGAAGCAGCUUUUGACACGAUUCUGUGUUGGAAGAAAAACACGUGGCUAUUUGUUUCUACCGACCAAAAUUUCAAGGACACGCUCAUUUAUAGAAUAGAACUCACCCGCCUAACCGGUAGGGUAUCAUUUGACUAUUGGUACUUGUACAAUUAGUUUGUGAUGGUUACCGGCAUAAAAUAUGUAAAACUAUUAAAAAUUUUUUAAAUCAAAUGGAUUACAUAUUUAAAGACAAUUUACUCGCAAUUUAUAUUCGUAUUUAAAUAAAAUAUAAUAUUUCAAACGAAAUAACAAAUACUCAUUUAAAUAAAACAUUUAAUGUCAA